GAGGGUGGGCCUUUGCUAUGGUAUUAUUGUGAGAAAUGCCAAAAAGGCAUUCUCCAUCACCCCUAAACUCAUAGGCUCGACCAAGCCACUCAAAGAGGAGAGAUAAGGUCUGUAAAUACUCUAUUUUCAUCCACCAUAUUCGAACCAAAGCUUAAGGAGAAGAAGGAGGGGAAAGAGAAGAGAAAGAAGGAGGAAAACUUGAGGAUCAACAAGGUGUUUCAAGAACUUUCACGGAGUUGAAAGGGUCACCGGAGUUGUCGCCGGAGUUCAUUGAAGUUCACCGGAGUUUCACCGGAGCUCUAUCGGGAAGGGCUAGAACUCCAUAAGCUUCAUUAAGGUUGAGGCUAGAGUCCUACUACCUGCACCUUUGCCUAGGGUGAUUGAUCAAGGAGGGAGACGUGGUUCGUGCUUCCAUUUUUCUUCAAAAUUGAUAAACUGCUCCUGGAUAUUUGAACAAUGUUUUCUGUUAAACUAUUAAAGGACCUGUGUGCUCGUGUUUGCCACAUGUGGCUAACUAUCAAACAUAUUUUAUAUUCCGCAUUUGUUUGACUAAUGUAUAUUGAUGUUGAUUGUAUGAGUUCACUAAUCGGUUUGGCAAAAGAAUCUAACGGACGCCUUGUAUGAUCUAAUAAGAAUGAACUACGUUGUUCUUAUUGGGUUGUACGGCGGUUGUCUACGUGGCGCGGACGCGGUCCGGGGCGUGACACAAUCUUAGUGGGACGGACCGAAAUGGUAAAAUGAGACAAUCAUAGCGGGACGGAGGGAGUAAUACAUAGUGAUCAAUCGUAUUUUUAUCCAAAAAAUGUAAGUAAUCACAAUAAAAUAUAAGUAUGGUCGGAUCAUGAUUUUGAUUAGUAUAAUAUUAGGGUUUUUACAAAAAAUAUUACUAAAAUAAAACUUAUUUACAUAAAUAUGACUAUUCAUUACUACAACGUAGUGUUAUGGUAACUUAAGUUCAAAACUUCAACAUGAAUUACUAUGAUUUCAUUAUUAUUUUAGUAACUAGUUUUAUAAGAUAUUUUCAUUUUGGUCAUAUUUAUGUAAUUAUUUCAAAAUAUUAUGCAAGUUGUAAAUUUUAAACUUUUCCAAAUGUUUUUUUAACUAAAAAAACAUUUUUACAUAAUUUAUAUAUUAUAAAUAAUUUUAAUAAAAAUAUAGUUAGAGCAAAGUAGUAUAUUUUAAUACAGAAAUUGUCCUAAAAAUGUUUUGAAAUUCUAAAAUAGGAGUAUCAUGUUUUUUUAUUUCCUGAAUAGGAGUAAUUUGUCAAGUUUGAAAAAAAAUGUCAUGUUUAAAAGCCUUCUAAUACCAUACUUGGCAAAAAUUUAUCUCUAUUAAGGAAAUAAAAAACAUGAUACUCAUAUUUUGAAAUUUUAAAAUGUUUUUACUCCUUUUUAGGGAAUUCUCUCAUUUUAAUAUUAUGAAGAGCAAUUUGUCCAAAUAAUACUCCAAGAUCUUAAUAAUUAGGGAGUAUGUGACAGACACUAAAUAAAGAGUAAUAAAUCCUUCAGCGUAGCGUGGCAUACGUGCUCACUAAAGAGCCCGUAACAUGCCUAUUAAAAUUUUCGUAGAAAGUUUUGCCCAAAACAAAAAAAAUUGUAAAAGGUCACCUAAAAUUGUGUGUGGAAAUGUCUUUUAGCAUAAUACUACGUACUUCGGUACGCAUUCUGGGCGACAGGGCUCAAGCCGCUCCAGUUACAGUGUCUCAUUUUUAGCUUUCCUUGGCAUAUCAUCUUGGAAUCAAAGUGACUAUUUCGGUACACAUUCUAAAACUAUAUUAUCAAUGUUCCGUUUUCCAUAACUUCAACUUUUAAGAAUUCAAUAGCUAUGGAAUUAUGUUGCUUUAUCCAAUUAGCUGCUUUUUCUCUGCUGCUUUCAUUCAUGUCAGAAUAGAGGAUUUUAGCGUAAGGUUGAGUACUUCGCCAAUUAGGGUUAGAGUAUCUUAUUUGAUAAAUUGGAUUGGAAAUCAUAACGCCUUUUUCGCAAACUUUAAUGACCUCCAUGAAUGGCGCCACAGUGCUAAGGAUCUGUGAUCCAUAAUUCCAUAUCGCUUGUCUUUAAUAAGUAUCUAACUGGGUUAUUUAGGGCAGCCUCCCCACUGUUGGUUUUCCCUUACUUGUGAAGUGGAGUAAUAUUUCCAAUUUUCCAUUGUCGGGUUUUAUUAAUAAAAGUGCUACCUUUGUCCGAUUAAUGUUAAACUGAUGGUUAACAUUAAUUUUUGCGGCAGGCAUAGUGGUCGCUCUAAACGGUUGCUUCAUCUAUAUUUGUCCUUGUCUUAGAAGAUUCUUAGCAAUUUUUUCAAUUCCUUUCCACAAGCUCCUAUCUUAGAAAUCCGUUGAUUAGUUAAACAAGAAAACUUGUUGGACUCCUUAUGAACCAAGUGAAAAAGAUACACGCCCACACCCUAAGAAAUGGUCUAGAUUUUACUCAAUUCUUGAUGACUAAACUACUUGAAAUCCCAAACAUCCCAUACGCCCACAAACUGUUUGAUAAUACUCCUAACCCAACAGUCUUCCUAUACAACAAGCUCAUUCAGGCAUACUCUUCUGAUGGGCCUCACUCCCAGUGUUUCUCUCUGUACAUCCAAAUGUGCCGUCAGGGAUGCUUCCCAAAUGCACACACUUUCACCUUCCUUUUUGUUUCUUGCUCCAGCCUUUCGAAUCUUAGGUUGGGCCAAGUUCUCCAUUCUGAUCUCAUCAAGCAUGGCUUUCUACUUGAUAUAUUUGCCUUAACUGCAUUGGUUGACAUGUAUGCUAAGACAGGCUCGAUUGCUUCGGCCCGAAGGCAAUUUGAGGAGAUGAAAAUAAGGGAUUUACCCACAUGGAACUCUUUGAUUUCUGGUUAUGUCAAGAAUGGGAAUAUGGAUGAAGCAUUGCAUUUAUUUUCAACAAUGCCUUCAAGGAAUGUGAUAUCUUGGACUACAAUGAUAUCAGGUUUCACACAAAACGGUCAGUAUGGGGAUGCUCUUGUCAUUUUUAGAGAAAUGGAAAAGGAGACUGAAGUGAGGGCGAAUCAAGUGACCAUAGCUAGUAUUCUUCCGGCGUGUGCAAAUCUUGGGGCUUUAGAGUUUGGAAAGAGAAUCGAGGCUUAUGCAAGGGAAAAUGGAUUCUUCCAGAAUAUGUUUGUUCGUAACGCUGUAUUGGAAUUGUACGUUAAAUGUGGCAGACUUGACACAGCAAUGGAAGUUUUUGUUGACAUGGGCAAGAGGAGGAACUUAUGCUCUUGGAAUACUAUGAUCAUGGGCUUAGCCAUUCAUGGCAAAGGCACUGAAGCAAUCGGACUCUUCAACAAAAUGUUGGGAGAAAGGAUUUCACCAGAUGAUGUUACAUUCGUUGGAGCAAUCAUGGCAUGCACACAUGGAGGAGGCAUGGUAGCAAGAGGAUGGGAGCUCUUCAUGUCCAUGGAAAAAAAGUACUCCAUUGCUCCCAAACUGGAGCAUUACGGAUGCAUGGUUGACCUUUUAGGACGUGCAGGCAAUUUGGAAGAAGCAUAUGAUCUUAUUCGAAACAUGCCAAUGAGACCCGAUUCUGUUGUUUGGGGGACUCUAUUGGGAGGGUGCAGUUUCCACUGCAACGUUGAACUUGCAGAGAAAGCAGCACACAUCCUAUCUGAAUUGGAACCAUGGAAUCCGGGAAACUAUGUCAUUCUUUCAAAUAUAUAUGCAAGGGCAGGGAGGUGGGAUGGGGUUAUGCGUCUAAGGAAGGAGAUGAAGGGAUCCCAAAUAAGAAAGGGGGCAGGUUACAGCUUCAUCAUUGAAGGAGGAGGCCAAAUGCAUAAGUUUAUUGUUGAGGACAAGUCACACCCAAGAACUAAUGAGAUAUAUGCACUUCUCAAUGACAUCGUAGACAAGUGUAAACUCUGUGUUAAUGGCAUCUAUAUUGAUUCUGAUUUUGCUGGGUAGGAGCCCUGAUUCUGAUUUUGCUGGGUAGGAGCCCUGAUUCUGAUUUUGCUGGGUAGGAGCCCUGAUUCUGAUUUUGCUGGGUAGGAGCCCUCACCCCCGACAGAAGUAAUUUUGACCAAAGUUGUAAAAGUAGAAAUUUUAGAAUGAACUUUAAAUCUUAAGAUUUUUAUUAUGUUAAUAAUUACCAAGAACUAGAGUAUGAAACAAACCUACGGAGUAUAAAUUUGCAAUUGACACUACUCGUGACUUAAAAUUA